GGAGUCUGAGAAAGGGGGAUGAACGUGUCGGGGUCGCUGACAUGGCUGCGGGCAGCUCGCAGAACGGACGAGACUGAGGAAAGUCUCCAUGACAGCUCGCUCAACCAGCCAGCUCACUCUAAUCUUGAGUGUGGGUCGUUAUGAAGCGCUCUUGCUGUCCGGUUAAGGGCCUCUGCGACGCCUGCUGUGAUCGCUGGCUUUGUCUUGUCUGCUCCUUCUCCUUCGCUCGUGUGCGAUUCCCCUUACUGGGCUGUUUGCUGCUGGCAGUGGCAGUCACUGUCGUGUGUGUCCGUCGUCCGAUCCUCGUAUCAUCAACAGGAGAUGGACCACUUAGAAGGAGGAUUUCCUCCAAUUCGGGCAGCCAGGGGAGUGCUCGCCUUCUUCAGCAGGAGUCGACAAGCGCCGACGCUUCAACCGUCCCGCCGCCCGCUUGGAUGGACUCGAACGGAGAACCACUGCUAGUGCAAGGAGAACUACCGAGAGUUGAGCCGCCGUCGUUAGUGAACGGUUCCAUCGAGGUCGUAGUGUCCCAUCCCUUGCCGGACAAUUCCACUACGCCGCAAGAAUGCCGGUCGGAAAUCAGGAACCUGGUCGUGGUUUCGUCAGGCAAUGAACAACAACUGUACUAUAUCCUGCAGCAGUACUGCUCGAAAGAUGGUAAUGACACCUAUUAUUCGAUGUCUAUCAGGAAUGCGAACCUGUCGCAGCACUUGGAGGAAGGCGACGGUUCGAGCCGGCAGGAUGACGAAAGCGCAUUGGUAACGCAUAUGUGGCCGUACGACCAGCCGAACGGGUCAAGAAUCCCAAGCGGGAUGGAUUUCGGCGGGAAAAGUAUCGCUCACGUGACAGGGAUGGGUCUGUCCAAAGAUAAGGCUCAUCUCCUCUUAAGCGUAACGAGUGGAAACACCUAUAGGCUGCGACGGACAAACCGUCGUCGUCAAGCUCGCCAGCAGCAUUCCAUCCUUGCCGGACCGUCGGGGGCUUCGUCUUCACAGGACUUCAGUGCAUGGCCCGCUUGGGGACUCAGGCCCUCACGCGUCAACCGGUUCGAUUUGAAGACCCUGUCGGACUGCACGGACAAUUUCAGUGAGACCCGUCGAAUCGGGGAGAGAGGGGCCUUCGGGAAAGUCUACAGGGGUUCGCUUGACGGCAAGGAGGCGGCAAUCAAGGUGAUGACCGGUGAGCUCACGGACACCAAACGCAACCAGUUCGUGGCGGAGGUGAACACCCUCAGCGCAGUUAAUCACGUCAACCUCAUCCAGCUAAUGGGGUACUGCCAGGAGGUCAAUMAGUGYAUCYUGGUGUACCCUUUUUUCCGAGGCGGCUGCUUAUACGAGCGGCUGUUCCCUAACAGGCAUAAUAGAAGGGGCUUGGAGGAGGCGGAUUCUCUUCCGCCCCUCACUCUCCAAGAKCGCAUGAGCAUCACCUUUCAGGUCGCCAAAGGGCUCUGGUAUCUCCAUGAUGACGCCAAGCCUCCCAUCAUCCACCGUGACAUCAAGAGCCACAACGUCCUUCUUGGCGAUGGCUGUGGGGAGACACUCCACGUAGUCCUUGCUGAUUUCGGAUUGGCGUCCAUAGGGGAAAGAGUGUUAGACACUGGGCACGACCAUGUGGUGCUCACAUCUCACAUCGGUGGCACUUUUGGGUACAUGUCCCCAGAGUACAUGUUGAGAGGCGAGCUGUCUGAGAAGAAUGAUGUGUACUCCUUUGGGGUUCUUGUGCUGGAGCUGCUGACUGGCAGAAAGGUGGUCACACCGGCCCCUUCUGGGCUAGGAUGGCAGACCCUCGUCGAGUGGGUGAAGCCUUUCUUGCGGGAUGGAGGAGAAACUGGCCACGAUCCCAGCUUGGACAUGCCAAAUGUGAUUCUUGACCGCUGUUUGUGGGAUCAGGUGGCCGAAGACUCGACAAAGCAGAUGGUGAUGACCACUUUCAGGUUGGCUUGGGAAUGCGUCCAUGAAGAGUACGGGUCGAGGCCCGCAAUGCGGGCUGUUGUGCAGCGCAUUCACAGCAUGUUUCUCUAUGAAGGUUGGGAUUUCUUGACCAGGACCAUGGACAUGGAGAACCUUCUGGCCAUGCCACAGGCAGAGGAUGGCAUGCAGGGGGAGGACGAGGAUGAGACCCAACAGCAUUCUGACGUGUUUCUACACGGCGGGGGCAUAAAAGAUGGCACCUUAGUAGAUCCAAGGUGAGUAGAAUGUAGGCGCUUGGAAAUGCA